AUGGGGGGCGGGGCUGGUGAAGUCCGGGGAGAACUGGCUGUUUUACUGCUGUCCAGGAUCUGUGAGAACAUCUGCUGGUUAGGAAGGAAAACGCAGGUCCGGCUGACUCAGCCUGCGAGGGCGCACCCAGCCCUGGGGACGCGGUCCUGCCUAGUGCCGGGUCCACCAGGGACGGUGACCAGAGAGGGCGGGGCGGGGUGGGACGCUGGCGCGGAGUACCAGGACCAAUCAGGACGCGGCGCUUCAGGGGCUAAGGUUCUCGGUUCCCCCUUCUCCGGGCGCAGCGCCGCCUGGCGAGUUGUGCACCGGCGGGCGGAGCCUGCAGCAUUCUCGGGGGCACACAGGGCUGUCGGGAUUGUCCUCUCCGGGGUCUGUGCGGGGGCGGCGCCGCCACUCCCUCGGGCUCCGCGGCGGGAAUGCGGCUGCCGUGGCCGGCUGGGCAGCGGGCGGCGGCAGCAAGCGGAGCCCGGGCGCACUCGCCGCUGGCCGGGACGCCGCCCUGGCCUGCGCUCGGCUCCCGAGGCCGCCGCUGCGCUCCGGGGCCCGGCGCGGAAUGAGGUGCAGGCCGCGAGCCGGCGAGCGCCCCGCUCCGCGGCCCCCAGGCUCCCCGCGGCCGCCCGCGCCUCCCGUGCCCCGGCGCCCACGCUAGAGCCCCGCGCUGGCAGCGCUCGCCGCGGCCGAGGCCCGCAGAGCGCACGCGACCCGGCCCGGGUACCGAUCGUGGGGAUUCGCCUCCUGGACGCCGCCCGGGGGUGCGGGGACCCCGGCACGCUGCAGCCCGCGGGCCGCGCUCCGCACCGCAGCGCUCUUCCCAGCCUGGCCCGUGGCUUUGGCCUCUACGGUGCCCGGUCCCCCCGGCAUUCCUCCACCCUUCCCUCUGCUCCACCGCCUCCCAUUCAUUGCAUCCGUUUCCCCUUUCCGGCUCAGUUCCCCUCCCCGCAGCCUUCACGGACGAACCCCGCUAUCCUCUUGGGGUUCUCUGUACAUUCAUGGAAGUUUAGGGCCUGGACCGUGUCCCGGAGUCCGGCCCGCGCUGCUCGCAGGGCAGAGGAAGAUGUCUGCGCUCAAGCGGAUGAUGCGGGUCUCCAAUCGCUCCCUGAUUGCCUUCAUCUUCUUGUUCUCCCUCUUCACGUCCUGUCUCUACUUCAUCUAUGUGGCUCCAGGCAUCGCCAACACAUACCUCUUUAUGGUACAAGCUAGAGGUAUCAUGCUGAGAGAGAACGUGAAAACAAUCGGACAUAUGAUCAGGCUGUAUACGAAUAAAAAUACUACGCUCAAUG